GCGCGAGGCGAGGCGCGGCGGGAGCAGCGGCCGCCGCGGGAGCGGGGUCACCGGGCAGCCGGCAGUGGGGGCAGAGCCCGGCGGCGGGCGGGCGCCGAGCAGGGUUCUUUUAUAGAACUGUUCCUUGGAAUGAUAUUUUCAUAAUGAGCCAGCAAGGUUAUGUGGCUACACCUCCCUAUUCUCAGCCCCAGCCUGGAAUUGGCCUUUCUCCCCCACAUUAUGGGCACUAUGGGGGCCCGUCUCAUGCAGCUUCUUCACCAGGCAUGAUAAAGCCGGCAGGGCCUCUGGGGGCGGCUCCCCCUGGGGGGAUGUUGCCUCAGGGCCAUCCGCCUCCUGGACCCCACCAGUUUGGCCAGAACGGAGCUCAUGCGCAAGGUCCUCCUCCACAAAGAUUCCCUGGCCCUCCGCCUGUCAGCAGUGCGGCCCCCUCCUACCCACCAUACUCGCCCUCAACACAGUCGUCGUAUCCAAGUCCAGGGUCCACCGCGUCCAUGGCCCAGCUGGGCAGUCAGCUCGGUGCUAUGCACAUUAACAGCUACGGUUCAGGGGCGGCUCCCCCCACCCAGGGCCCGCCUGGCCCUGCGUCGGCAGCCUCAGUCCAGGGGCCUCCACAGCCUCCACAGCCGUCCAUCCUGCAGCCUGGAUCUCAGGUUCUCCCCCCGCCGCCCACUGCACUAAACGGUCCCGGAGCCUCACCCUUGCCUCCGCCAACGCACAGACCAGACGGGCUCCCUGGGCCUGCUCCUCCGAACGCCCAGUACCAGCCCGCGCCUCUCCCAGGACAGACCCUGGGCCCUGGAUAUCCGGCACAGCAGGCAGCCAACUAUGGGCCCCCGGUAGCAGGGGCCCAGCUCUCCUACCCGGGAGGCUUCCCGGGAGGGCCUGCACAGAUGGCCGGCCCGCCGCAGCCCCAGAAGAAGCUGGAUCCCGACUCCGUCCCCAGCCCCAUCCAGGUGAUCGAGAGUGACCGAGCCAGCAGAGUGGGACAAGUUUAUGCCACCAACGCCAGAGGCCAGAUCCCGCCACUGGUCACGACAGACUGUGUCAUACAAGACCAAGGCAACGCCAGCCCCCGGUACAUCCGCUGCACCACGUACUGCUUGCCCUGCACAUCAGAGAUGGCCAAGCAAGCUCAGAUCCCCUUGGCCGCCAUCAUCACACCCUUUGCCACGAUCCCUUCAAAUGAGACGCCCCUCUACCUGGUAAACCAUGGGGAGGCUGGACCAGUCCGAUGCAACAGGUGCAAAGCCUACAUGUGCCCGUUCAUGCAGUUCAUCGAAGGAGGGAGGAGGUACCAGUGUGGCUUCUGCAGCUGCGUGAAUGACGUUCCACCAUUCUAUUUCCAACAUCUGGACCACAUUGGAAGAAGACUGGACCACUAUGAGAAGCCAGAGUUAUCUCUAGGAUCGUAUGAAUAUGUUGCUACUUUGGAUUACUGCAGGAAGAAUAAGCCUCCCAACCCACCAGCCUUCAUCUUCAUGAUUGACGUGUCAUAUAGUAACAUCAAGAAUGGACUUGUGAAGCUCAUAUGUGAAGAACUGAAAACCGUGCUGGAGAGACUUCCGAAGGAAGAUCAAGAAGAAACUUCUGCAAUUCGAGUUGGUUUCAUCACAUAUAACAAAGUUCUGCAUUUCUUCAAUGUGAAGAGUAACCUGGCCCAGCCUCAGAUGAUGGUGGUGACUGACGUCAGCGAGGUCUUUGUUCCUCUGUUGGAUGGUUUCCUUGUCAACUAUCAAGAAUCUCAGUCUGUGAUCCACAAUUUAUUGGAUCAGAUUCCAGAGAUGUUUGCAGACUCUAAUGAGAAUGAGACCGUCUUUGCCCCUGUCAUCCAGGCUGGCAUGGAAGCCCUAAAGGCAGCAGACUGUCCUGGGAAGCUGUUCAUCUUCCAUUCCUCUUUGCCAACUGCAGAAGCACCAGGGAAACUCAAAAACAGAGAUGACAAAAAAAUGAUUAAUACGGACAAAGAAAAGAUCCUUUUCCAGCCUCAGACCAACGUCUACGACUCUCUGGCCAAAGACUGCGUGGCUCACGGCUGCUGCGUGACCCUCUUCCUCUUCCCCAGCCAGUACGUGGACGUGGCCUCCCUGGGGCUCGUGCCCCAGCUCACGGGGGGCACGCUCUACAAAUACAACGGCUUCCAGAUGCACUUGGACAGCCAGCAGUUUUUGAAUGACCUCAGAAAUGAUAUUGAGAAGAAAAUAGGAUUUGAUGCUAUCAUGCGGGUUCGUACCAGCACAGGUUUCAGAGCCACUGACUUCUUUGGCGGCAUUUAUAUGAACAACACCACCGACGUAGAGAUGGCAGCCAUCGACUGUGACAAAGCCGUGACCGUGGAGUUCAAGCAUGAUGACAAGCUCAGUGAAGACACCGGGGCCUUGAUUCAGUGCGCCGUGCUCUACACAACCGUCGGCGGUCAGAGACGACUUCGGAUUCACAACCUGGCCUUGAACUGCAGCUCCCAGCUGGCGGAUCUCUAUAAGAGCUGCGAGACAGAUGCCCUCGUCAACUUUUUCGCCAAGUCAGCUUUUAAAGCAGUUCUACACCAACCCUUGAAGGUCAUUCGGGAAAUUCUGGUUAACCAGACUGCCCACAUGUUGGCCUGUUACCGGAAGAACUGUGCUAGUCCGUCUGCAGCCAGCCAGCUGAUCUUACCGGAUUCCAUGAAAGUCCUGCCGGUGUACAUGAACAGCCUGUUGAAGAACUGCGUGCUGCUCGGCAGACCCGAGAUCUCCACGGACGAGCGGGCCUACCAGAGGCAGCUGGUCAUGACCAUGGGCGUGGCUGACUCGCAACUCUUCUUUUACCCGCAGCUUCUGCCCAUACACACCCUGGAUGUCAAGAGCACAACAUUACCUGCUGCUAUUCGCUGCUCUGAGACCCGUCUUUCAGAAGAAGGGAUAUUCCUCUUGGCGAACGGUCUAAACAUGUUCUUGUGGUUGGGAGUAAGUAGCCCACCAGAACUGAUUCAAGGAAUCUUUAACGUGCCAUCUCUUGCACAUGUCAACACAGAUAUGACAUUAUUGCCUGAGGUGGGAAAUCCAUACUCACAAACACUCAGAAUGAUAAUGGGUAUUAUCCAACAAAAGCGGCCAUAUUCAAUGAAGCUGACGAUAGUAAAGCAGCGAGAACAGCCAGAAAUGGUUUUCCGACAGUUCCUGGUAGAAGACAAAGGACUUUAUGGAGGAUCAUCCUACGUGGAUUUCCUUUGUUGUGUUCACAAGGAGAUCUGUCAGCUUCUUAAUUAACGGAAACUGCUCUAUUGUUAAUACUGCAUUUCUAAGGAGACACUCUCCUUCUUGGUGCCUAAUUCUCCGGAUAGUAACAGUCUAGUUUUGAUUUCUUGCUCAUUUUCAGAAUAGCUUUCCAAGACGGCAUUUUAGAACUUCAGCUUUGGUGCUCAGGUAUAAAGCCAAUUGAGGUACAAUUGUACCUUAAAGGGAACAGUCUAUUUCUGAUUGCACAAUUUUAAAAAAAUUAUGCAGUUUGCAUUUCAUGAAAGGCAUAGUUUACAAAACUGUAAACAUUCUCAAUUUUCUUUCUUUGUGCUAGACAUAUAAAUUAUUUUUCAAAAUGUAUAGAUUUGGGGUAAAAAGUUGUCUCAGUUCCUCUCCCAUUUACAGUAAGGGAUAAAAAAAACUUAAUUUUUACAUUAUUCUUAAUUUUUUAAAAACAGUAUAACCCCAUUGAACAUUUUUCAACUUAAGGUUUGCAUAGCAGACUUUUAAAUAACCUUGGAAUCUAUUUUGUGGAACAAUUUGUGUUCUACGUUUUUUUCAUAAUUACAUGUUGUGUAUGUUAAGACUAUUUUCCAGUUGUUUUGUCUGUAAAACUGUCUUUAUCAAUAUUCUUCAUGGUUCCCUGUACAAUUUUGAUGGUUUCUACCUGUAUAUAAUGGAUCUUAACCAGUAUCAAUAAAUUACUUCAUAUGCUCUUA